AUGAGUCAAGCGGAUACUAACAUCAAAGAUGCUGACACGAAAGCUACCAUCCAGAAUUGGCGAGAAAAUACCACUGAUCCGUCCGAAUGGACUGACACCGUACAUCCUAAUCAGGGAACCACCCAACGACCACCCACGGAAGCUGCUGGAGCCUCCGUUCACCAAACCCAAUAUAAGUCUCAUAGCCGACCUGAGUACCGUGCAGCCUCGACUUCAGCUCCCCGACAGGACAAAUCUAGGAGUCACAGUAGGACAACGAUAAUGGGAGUCCCAAGGGGGCUUUUCUGUUGUGCACUGGUUUGUGGAUCGUGUGUUUCCGCCGUCACGAAAGCGGGUAUGGUCGCAGUGGGCUGCUGUUGUGUAGGGCCAUGCUGCUGGUUAGAUCACUUUUGUGGGUGUGGGAUCUGUGAGGAUUGUAACCCUCUGGGAUAG